AUGUUGAGAAACUGUCGAGACUGUUUCAUGGUACAGGACGGAGUCGUGAGCAGAGACGAGGAGCCAGCACCGCCUCGCAGAGUCACAAUCCGUCGGCGGAAGAAACCGACACCAGCACCGGAAUCCUUCACGGAACGAGUCAAUCAAGGCGACGCAGGAGCAGAAGUGAGUCCUGACGUUGCAGUGACCCCUCGACCACUCCAGAACGCCGCGGUCGUCACUGACACCAGCCUUUAUCCGACGCUCCAAGGCCCUGUGACUCAGCCACCGGGAAAUUUCAUGUUCAUGAGAAUCGGUGGAUAUGGCUUCGACAACGGUGACGUCCCGAAAGGCAUCGAGCCACCGAAAGAAAUGCUGCCCGAACUCGUUCCUGCCGGAGUUCGUGUCAGAACUCCCUCCGGCGUCGUCGUUUCGGUCCGAGGCAGACCAGGACUUUACGGCAUACACCCGACACCGGCACCCGAUAUCAAUCACGGGCCGCGCAAGCCAGCACCGAAACCAGAGAUUGUUUAUCUGACGCAGACCCGACCCAUUACAACGAGAGCCCCGACAAUCAGUCCCGCCGCUCCGCAGGUGAAUCGAGCUCCUCCAACAACCUUCGUUCAGGAUGUCAGAAGACCAAGCCAAGUCCAGGAAGGAGCGUCCCCACCGCGCCCAAUACCGCCAACCCUAAGGGCUCCUCAAGGCUUCAUUCAGAGUCCGCCGGCUCGCCCCCUACCACGGGGCAGGGACUCGCAGUUCGCUUCGCGGCCGAUCGUCAAUCCAGCCAACGAGCCACAAGCGAUUCGAAAUCCCCCUCAGAUCUUCGUUGAACAGGCCCCUCCAAGAUUUCGGCCAGUAAGUGUUGUCGUGGAUGGGCCACCGAUUUUCCAAGUUCCUCCUUCGGGUCAAUUCGGCCAAAGACUUCGACCACUGACCCCUCAGGGUCCCGUACAAGUUGUUGCAGAGUCCCCUCGGUUCGCCCCACAAGCUCCUCGACGACCCCAACUGACUGACCGCGCACAGAUCCCGAUCGCGGUAACCCCGAAUGAUAUUAGGCGGCCGACGGCAACGCCGAACUCUUACGUCAUUCAAGGACAGCAACCCGUUUCAUUCGUCGCUAGCAGGCCCAACGCUAUUCCGGAACUCACGAGAAUCGUCGAACCCCACCUGGUCGUGCAAGAAGGCGGUCCACGCGCUCAGUCGCCCGAAGUAUCGAUCGGACCUUCGAUCUCCUUCACACCAAAAGUUAUCGCUCAGGCGACGCCCGCCACGGAGCCAAUAGACAUCAAAGAGCCCAGCCCGAUAAGGAUCACCGGUGCCGAUGGUCUACGACCGGGCACCAUUGUCGAGCAACCUCUGAUCACGUCAGGCCCAGAAGUCACGUAUUCGCCACAAGCACCAGGACCUCGGCCCCUAUCGGCACCGCCUUCACCUCAAUCGGUUCCUCAAGUUGUGCUGGUCCAUCAAUCGCCAGUGAGAGAAUUCGUGAAUCUGCAGCCAGCCAAGCUCUAUGACACGCCGAUCCCGCAGUCACCGCAGAUCGUUUACGGACAGCCAGAACCCCCCUCGAAUGUUCAGAUACAGCGUCUUGUCCCGGUCCAACCGGAGACGAUACAACAGAAUGUCGUUCCCGUACGGCAAAGGGUGGUUCUGCCACCGCCAUCUGCUAUUCCCCAGAACGUUGGUCGAUAUCGCACAGAGAGUCCAGAAAACGAUCGGGGGAUCAUCGUCGGGCCCGGAGCUCCCGACGGACCGCGAGCGCCGAUCGUCCGUACCCGACUGAGUGUUGCUCCCACCCCGCAACGUGUUCCCACAACCGGGCCCGACACUGUGACGGUACCGUCUAGCGUUCCCGCGAUAACGAGAGAAAAACUCCAGCCUGUCGCACCUCUUGUCCAGAAAACAGUGUCCGUCCCACCUGCGAAUGGUGCGUCCAGCCAGGACGCACCGCCAGAGAAACCCAGCGGCUUCAGUUUCAUGCGUCUCGGAGGCUUCGGUUUCGAUAACGGAGUCAUACCGGAGAGAUUCAAUGUCGCUCCAGCCAAAGAGAUGUUGCCUGAGCUUGUCCCCGCAGGAGUUCGGGUCAGGACACCAUCCGGGGUCGUGGUCUCUGUGAGAGGCCGGCCCGGUCUCUACGGAAUCCAUCCGACACCACCGCCGGACAGCUCUUUCGGACCAACCAGGAAGCCACCGCGACCAGAGAUUGUGUACUUGAACCAGCAGACCGCCCCGCCGAAGCCGGUCGCUGUCGUGACACCGGCUCCAGUGGUGUCCGACGUUCCGGUCCGCUAUGACGUUCCGGUCCAACAACGGCCAGCCAGAGUUCCAGCGAACUCGAUCAAUAUUGUUGAGCAGCCGCGGAGGUUCGUUCAGAUUCUGGAAUCACCUCCUCGGGUAGUUACGCAAGUGAGCCGAGUGGAGCAACCGCGGAGGUUCGUUCAGAUUCUAGAAUCACCUCCCCGGGUAGUCACUCAAGUGAGCCGAGUGGAGCCACAGCCAGUUCGGUCACCGGUUUCGCCCUAUCGAGUCGUUCAACAAGUUCCGCGAAUCGUCACUGUGACCCAGAAUCGGCCCGCUACGCCUACACGGAGUCUUGAGACCACGCUUCUGACAAAUCGGCCACAAGCGCCCCGAGCUCCACCACGUGUCCAGCCCCAGGUGGAACUUCAACGUAUCAACACUCUCACUCCACAGUCGCCUCCUGAAAGGAAAACUAGCGCUCCGACGGGAUCCGGCGGUUACGGCAACGAUCUGAGCGAUUUUGAGGAUUUCGAACUUCCCUCAGAUCGGACGACCGGGCCCGCGAGUAAGACGACCCGAGUAUCGAGCGAGGCCAUCUCCGGCGAUCCCAGGGUAGCCGCGGAGACUCGAACCCAGAUUGAGAAUCCGUACGGAGUCAAUUUGUCGUCCAACGGAUCGGAUGGACCCGUGAGAGUCGUUAUUGGGAACAUCGAUGAAGGGCCUUAUAAUUUCCACCAUCGUCACACUCACGGCAAUGGGUUCGCUUUCGUGAAGCUCGGCGUUCCCUCUUAUCAGAAGAUGGAAGCCGAUGCUGUCGCUGCACUUGAGCCCGCAGUCUCUUCUCAACAAACUACGAGAGAGGAUCUUGGCGGUGCUCCCGUGAAGAAAUCCAGAAAGAAGAGUUCCUAGGACACGUGGCGCCGCCUGGAGCCCAGUUCGCG